AUGUCUCUUCCGAAGGAUCCUACUUCACCAGCCGCACUAUCGCCCAAAGUGGCCGGUUUAUCAUUCUCGCCCACAGAAUAUGAUACCAGCAGCCAACCUCCCCAGAGCAGCCAUGGAAAUCAAGAAGAACAACAGGACGAAGAUGAGAGUGGUCAUGUCUCCCAAACACACGAGACAGUAGAAGAUACUUCUGCACCUGUACAUCCUCCAUUUAGGCCUUUAUUUACCGUUAUAGGAGAUGCGACUUCGUCUGAGUACUUUCAUCCAACAGUACAUUAUAUAUUCUCCGAUGAUGAUACCGGCAUCAUAACCGAAGCUGCCCUUCAAUCUCUAGAAGCAAGCAAUCAGAGGACUUCAUGGGACACGGAAUCAACCUCCCAAAAAGAAAAGAAGAAAGGAAAAUCUGCUCCCAAAGCCGAAACCACCACUGAGCAUUUCAUUAUCCUUGACGUGGAACCUACGAAUGGUACCGGAGAUACUACCGCUGCGGCGGGUGUGGCUAAAAACGAUUCCCAGGAGACGUCUGGCUGCCCUAAUCCGACACUUCGUAGCAUUCAGGAUUUCAAGGUAACAUCCGCUCACAGCCUAUCCCCUGCCUGGCAGGUGAUCAAUACGACUCUUUCCCCUGCCCCGAAUUUUGAUUCUUCCUCCAAUAGCCCUACAUCAACAGAUCGCGAUGGCAAUACGGUGCUCAUGAUCGAAGGUACCUCGGGUUUCGCUUCUGAUGGAAUGAGCGGGCGACACCAGGCUCAACAAGGACAGGCGCAAACAUUGGAAGAAAUGAUGGACCAGUUUGCUAGGCGUAUGGCGGAGCUGAAGAAGGUUGUCGAAGCAAGUGGAGAUCACAUAUUUGCACAAGUCGUGGAACAUGCAGAAAGACCGGAAGACAAUCCCUAA